AACCGGAAGAAGUGUAGCUGCUUACGCUAUCGCAGCUAGCAAUGGACGGAGACGUGAGAGAAAUCGCGUGGAGGCCACCACGGGCAUGUGAAGACUAUUGGAGUGAGUUUAGACACUGCAAAAGUUUAAAAAACCGCUUUCACCACUACUACACUUACGGUUCCAUGCCAACAUGCCAGCAGUGGAAAGAGGACUACAAGAACUGCAGAGAGUGGGAGAGGCACAGAGGAACCGAGGCCAAGGAGGCGUUGCGGAGAAGUGAGAGGAAUCGAGUGGCAGAGCAAAGAAACUUCACUCCAGUGUGGCAGCUGAGGCAGGAGCCUCCUAGAGACUGGCAUGUGCCACUGAACCAGGACAAGCCUCGGGACUCCUGAGCUCUGGAUUUGGACAAUAUGCUGUCUUUCACUUCAAGGCCGUAACAUCCCUUAGAGCUUGGACAUACUGGAGAUCACGUACGGCUGUCACAGGCUGUAUUCAGAGAACAGCUGUAUGUAAAAUGAUAUGUACAGUAUGUUUAACAAUGCUGGCAGCAGCUGGUGGUCAGCCAUGAAGAUACAGCCUCUAUUUUACCAGAGAUUAUGAUCUCUUUUCAGACAGCGCUGUGUCACAGAUAUUAAUUCUGCAAAGCUUUUUAUAAACAGAAACACAAAGACUGACUGCACUCAGACUCACUGAAAAUUAGCUUUAUAUUAUCCUUGUUUUGACAGGAGCAACUGGCUUUGUGUUUUGAAUAAGCUCAACAGCCUUAGCAUGAUACUGGCAAGCCUGUCAAUAUUUCUCAGCUGUUCAGCAUAGGAAUCACUAAAGAAGGUUCAUACGUAGCUCUUUAUGCUGGAGCGAUGCAUUUGUGAUGUAUAAUCUUACUGCUAAAUUAAUAUGACAGAAACCAACUUUAGAGUCAUGUUGCAGUUUUCUGCCUUAUAACAUGAAAUGUUCAAAGAUUCAGAAAAAAAAAGGAUCAAUAAUCAGAUAUACAUUUUUUGAUUUUUCAUUAUUAUAGACAGAAAUGUUAAUGUGACAAACUCACUGUAACACUCAUGAAAUAAAAACACACAGUGUCCUGAAAA